CUUUAAUAAUAAUAAAAAAAUCCGAUAUAUCAUUUUCAUUAUAAAUAAUAUCGUUUUUAGCCACAUUUUAGGAAAUACAAUUCAUAUAAAUAUUUCUUAAAUAUCUAUCUUACCAUUUUUCAAAAAUUUGAAUUUUUUUCAAAAAAUUAAUUCCAUUUUAUAUUUUAAUGAUCUCAUGUUCCUUUAAAAUUUCCUAAAAAGUUUAUUUACUCAACCAUGCUACAUGAGUAUUUUAUAAACACUUUAUUGUUACAGUUCUUUUCUCAUCGUUCAAAAGAGCUAUUUCUCCAAAACCAUUUCCAUCACUUAGUUUAGCUUCCAAAAUUGUUUCUUAAAAGUUUUCUAGUUUAGAAACUGAGCCAGGUAACAUAUUUAAUUAGCUUCUAUUAUUUUUUUCCUUUUUUUUAACUAUUGGGAUUUAAUCUUAUUUUUGGUCAUCUUAAUCUUUUAUUAUUUUUUCGUUUUGGACUUUUCGGUAUCUCUUAAAUACACCUACUUCUCCUUAUAUUAUUACAUAAAAAUUAUCACCAAACUGUCCUUAUCUAAAUAUUACUGAAUCAGUUUCGUAAAAUUUAUAUUGCAUAUAUUUACAACAUAGCUUUACAACGUUUUAAGUUUCAGGCAUUUCUAAAUAAUUUUUGAAAAAUUGGAGGUUUUAGACCAUAAUUUGUAAAUCAUUUAAUUAUUUUUAUGUGCGGGAAUCACA